UAUGCGUCUCAUUCUGCAGGACAUCACACAUUUGUGCACACACAGUAUUUUGGACUAUGGCUUCCACCACCUCCGGUGAUGUUCUGCCCACAGGUGGCAGGAUCUUCACUUCCAUUCCUGACCUGUUCUUCAUCCCCGAGUUUGUGUUUGGAGGUUUGGUGUGGAUCUUGGUGGCAUCGACUUACGUCUUGCCGGAGAAUCCUCAGGGCUGGGUGAUGUUCGUGUCCAUCUUCUGCUUCGUCAUGACAACGCUGUGGUUCUUCAUCUUCCUCUGUGGAGCAAAUCAGAGCAGCAUCUGGCCCGCCCUGGAUACAGGUUAUCAUUUUGUGGCUGCGGUCUUCUACCUCGGAGCUUCGGUGGCUUUGGCGAUGGUCACCCUUGGGAAAGCGGCGAUCACGAUUUUACCACCUGUGGAUGAAAAUCUUAAAUUCUAUCGGCUGGAUAUCGCUGCAGUGGUGAUGUCUUACUUGGCCACACUCCUCUACUUCCUCCACGCCAUUUUCUCUGCCAUCCGAUGGAAGAGAUCCUAAAACGACACGCCAGCCUGACCGAGAAGGCACCGAGUAACCAGCUAAGGAGUCACUGGACCAAACACUUUUUUAUUUGGAUGUCAGCUCAAUGAUAAAAAAACAUGUUUUUUUUUUUUACUAGUGUGGUAGAAUAUCAAAUAAAUGAAUGGAAAUCGAGCAGGUUGCUGAUGUUCCUUGGUCUGGUCAGCGGUGCAGACGUUGACAAGUUGCAACAAUUUACUCUCAUCUUAAUCAUAUAAAUGCUCGAAUGAUCACUAAUGUCAAAAAUAAUAAAUGUACAAUGACCCCAAAACUUUUCACAUUUUUAUAUCAACAUAUUGUCAUAAUUAUUUCAUGUUUGGCUCCGGCUAGAAGACAAAUAAAUGAAAGGGACAUUCCUUUAAUACUGCGUCUACACUUAUGUGGAUAUUUUAUGUGGUUGCUCCACCUUCAUCAUCUGUUCCCGUGCCAGAAAGGUCUUGCAGUAGUGUAGAAAAGGCAUACGUGGGUUUUGACGGAAACAAAAAAGCAGAAACAUCGAAUAUCAGAAACAUCUGAAGGCUCUUCACUUCCCGCGUGUGUCCUCCAUGUUUACGCUGAACCAAAGCCAAAAGUACAAUGACAAUAAUAACAAUUCCCCCCACUUUGACCAUGUGUUUUUUAAUGAUUGUUAUUUUCUGUUUUUUUUAAGGGCUUGGUGUUCAUGUAACAUAUGGAAGUAUGUUUCCACAUGACUCGCAAUAUUUUCCAUGAUUUCACUUUCAUACAGUGACAGAAUUACUGUUCAGCUGAGGGAAGAUGCUCGACACGUUGAUACGAGCAUGACUUUUCUAUACCAUUUCAAAAACAAAUGAUAUAUGUCUGUCAUAUUUACCUGUUGCUUAUUAUUAGUCCCUUAAAAGGUGUUAGUUCGCCUCUUUAUUCUUUAAAAAAACAACAAUAAACAAACAUGCAACAACAAUCCAAUCCCUUGUAAUACACACACUUUUUCUAUGAUACUUGUACAUAUAAUGCUACUGGAAUCUGUCCAGUCACACAAGUGUACCUUCAUUUUAUAUUAUGUAUUAUCCUGUUAUCUGGAAGUGAAAAGUCAUACAGUGGUUUUGCAAUAAACUUCAGAAGCAUGGAAAAUUGA